AUGGAAUUCACUUCACCCGAGCACUCAUUAUAUUCCUUCGAGAUGCUCGCAGAUUCUUUUAUCAAGGCCCAUGCCGGGGAUAAGAAGGUGCAGGCCCGAAAGGUCGAUAUAUUCAGAAUUGCACAAGGAGAGUCCGAACUGCUACGAGAGUUCGUGACCAGAUUUCAGAAGAAAAGGAUGCUACUACUGGUCGUUCCAGAUGAAUGGACAGCUGAGGAAUUCACUAAGGGGUUGAACCUAAGGAGCUCUGACACUUCCCGAAAACUGAAAGAAAGUCUUCUUGAGUUCCAGAAAACAUGGGUGGAUGUCAACAACCACUAUGAAUCGAAGAUAAGAAUAGAGGAUGACCAGCUCAGUUUUCCUGCAUCAAUCAAGGGUCGCGACCGAGAGAAGAAUAAGGAAAAGUUGAAGGAUGAUUUCGACGCAGAUCGAUGGUCUUCUAGAGAUCGUUGCAGGAUAAAGAGACGUCAAGUUCCCGAGACUCCACCUACCCCUAGACUAUCCGAGUACAAUUUCAACAUCAGCGUGAUGGAACUGGUAUCGACAAUAAGGAACAUUAAGGAAGCACGGUUCCCGAGGUUGAAAAGAUCCGACCCUAGUCAGAGGGAUCCUAACAUAUGGUAUGAGUAUUAUGGGACCAACAACCAUCGGAUUGGGGACUGUCAGCAUCUGUUCGAGGAGAUAGCGACAUUGCUGAAAAAUGGCCAUUUCAUAGAGUUCUUAAGAGACCAGGCUAAGAACAACUACGGUCUCAACUAG